CGUUCGCCCUCUCCACGGCAUCAUCACCACCACAGCCCCGAUACAGUGGUAAUCAAGGGAGACAAUGAUCAUGUCCAUGCGCGCCGCGAACCGUCGCCGCACCAUCGUCACCACCCGGACAAGGUGGUGGUCGAAGGGGACAACGACCACGUUCACCUACGUCGUUCGCCUGUGCCUCAUCAUCGUCAUCGUCGUCCAGAUAAAGUCAUCGUACAAGGCAGUGACGAUCACGUUCACGCGCGCCGCGAACCGUCUCCGCACCACCAUCACCACCUAGACGAAGUGGUGGUCGAAGGGGACAAUGACCAUGUUCAUCUACGUCGCUCGCCUGCGCCUCGCCAUCGUCACCAGCGUCCAGAUAAAGUCAUCGUAAAAGGAAGUGACGACCACGUUCGCAUUCACCGCUCACCUCAUCACCACAACCAUCCCGAGGAGGUCGUGGUAAAAGGCGAUCACGACAGGGUCCACGUUCACCGUCGUUCAUUCCACCGUCGCCAUCACCAGAAGGCCAUCAUCAAAGGGAACAACCAGCACGUACACCUUGGUCGUUCGCCUGCUCCCGCGCCAGAGCCCCAUCACCGUCAUCAUUCUGACAAGGUGGUGGUGAAGGGCGACCAUGACCAUGUCGACGUCCAUCGCAAGCGGUCUCGUGACUACCGUCAACCCAUUGUUAUUCCCGGGAACCGUGGCAAGGCUUACCUCAUCGCGCACAAAGCUUCAACGGAUGAUAUUCCACUUGCUAAUGCGAACGUUGGUGUUGGGGUCAACAUACGACGCGACACAGGGAUGGCAGGUGUCCCUGGGAUGAUCGAUAUCAUGAGCCAAGUGGCCGACUCCCCUGUUGGUCAACGAGUUGCUUCCCUCGUCUUGGCGGCUUCUGGCGACGACGCUAGCUCUGGUGACUCGCCCUUUGUGCUCAAUGCGUCAGAUACCGACCGCACGGAGAUGUACAUGGUCCCGGCGAGUUCUACGAACAACACUUCCGCCAAUAGUGCCACUUCGGGUACUCCCGCGGCGCCUUCGCCUUCGACCCUCUCUGCAGACGCAGUUACGGCUGGCCCAGACAUCACUUCCUUCGUCAAGGUCUUGUUGCAGAUGCCAAUAUUCGAGGCAGCCAGCGCGGAAAUGAAGCCUUACUGUGCGACGUUCGACCCGAGACCCUCCGCUCCAGCCCCGAUGACGGUAGAGAGUUGCAUGAACGCUACGUCAAGUGACCCUCAUAAGAGCCAGACCUUCGCAUACGAACCUGCUACCGGCAUCAUCCGUCCCAUGUGGUACCAGGGCGAGGAUGACGGUACCUCCAGCGACAGCACCCCAUCCCCCAGCGGCUCCACUGCUGGCUCGAGCCCUUCUGCGUCUUCGACGGACGACUCAUCGACACCUGUCUCAAACAAGGUGGCGGACGUGACGAGCUUCGAGCAGGAGGCUGUUGAUGGCGAGUUCGGCGAUUCGACUCACUCCCCGAUGCCGGUCCCGAAGACGCUCAGCGCUCAGGCACUGGGGAGUGCGCAGAACGUGACUCUCAUGUUUUCACCUAUGGCAGCUGAGGUUCUACCCGACUCGCCGGUUGGGAAACUCGCGGUGCAACCUUCAGGGACGGAUUCUUCGUCUGCGAGUGCCACGACUGACUCGGGCUCGGAUACGCUCUUGGCGACGGUUUCGGCGACAUUCUCUUCGGCGACAUCCGCUCCGACGUCGGAAUCAGUGGCCGAUCCUUUGAGUUCUGCAUCGACUACGGAUGCUUCUGCGACUGAUACUGACACCGGCAGUUCGUCGGUUGUCACUGCAGAGGCCACAAGCACAUCAUCGGCGACAUCCUCUGAUUCUGCGAGUUCUGUCUCUUCGACGUCUGGGUCUGGCUUGACUGCAACCGCGACACCUCCUGCAGCUCUGGAGGUGAAGGUCUAUAAUCCGUACGUUGAGGAUACCGCGGAUUCAGUUUCUACCAGUGGCACGGAUUCUGGAGCAUCGACGACAACAGACCCUUCCCCGACGUCAACGAUGACGCCGGUGAGCACGGUCCCAUAUGAGUGGAUGUUCUCGCCGACGACUUCGGCGAGGUGAAAGGAUGGGAGUGUGAGACUCGGGUUGCCCGUUGGUAGAAGGAUGCAGGGGACAUCGCUAUGAUCUGUAUACAUGAUU